CUCAUUCGUUGACCUCCUUCCGCCAACCACUACUAGCUCGCGCCGGUCGCUCAUAUACCCAGCCAUACGCAGGAUGUCAUCGGAUAUAGUGACCGUUGACGACCUCAGCGAGUCGCCUCCGUUUGAAUACUCCGACGUUGCGUUCGAACCAAUCCCAAUUCCGGGCGACCCCGCCAUAUGGGACGGAUAUGUUCAUGUAGCACGGGAGCAAGGUCUAUCGGCGACAUUGCAAUUCACAGGUUCACAAAUCUCCGUCUUCGGUCGCGUCGACCCACCACAGAAUGGCGCAGAGCCUCCCCUCUCGCUAUACAGUGUCGGAGACACAAAGCUCCAAGCCUUCAUCCCCGAUGUCGUCAACGCGUCCGUGGACAAUGUCGCGUUCUUCAACUCGAGCAUCAUGCCUUACGGCGUGUACACGCUCACCAUCAAUGUCGCCCGCGCAAGCGCCGACUCUCCAUUUUACCUCGAUUACGUCCAGUAUAACACCACCGACCCCAGUGCUGCAUCCGCCGAAACUACCUCUGCAAGUAUCAGUUCUACUAGCUCUACCGCAGAAGCGACGACGAGUGCGCCCGCACCUGCGAAUCUAGCGUCAUCAUCCUCUACCCCGGUCGGGCCUAUAGUGGGCGGCGUGGUCGCAGGUGUAGUGGCUAUCUCGGCAGUCAUCAUCGCGUUCUUAUGCUAUCGCAUGCGGAGACGAAGACCUGGAGCCAGAGCGCCUCUUUCGCCCUUGGAAGCCGCAAGUCCUUCGGCUUCACGCAUCACCCCAUACGUCGUCCCCGCACACGCGCGCUCGCAAAGCCGCUUCAGCGAGGGGCAGCUGGCGUCCACCUCCGCACCGUACUCCCCGGGAAUGCGCGAGGUCGCCGGCGCCAGCGCGUACUCGCUCGGCGCGUCCACAUCCGCCGGGGAGACCGCGAAGGGCUACUACCCCGGCUCUGGCAAGGGAGCGCGCGCGUCCCCAGGGCCUCAGAACCGCCAAUACAACACCGCGUCCCCUGGGGCGUCCGCGUACGCCACGAGUAGCAGCGGUGCGGCGUCGUCUUACGGUGGGCCUGGGCCGGCGAGCGCGUUCGGAGGCACCCACUCAAAUACAAACUCGAACUCGCGCGCGCACGCGUCGCCGUCCCCCAUGUCGAGCGUGCAUGACCUGCCGAACUUCGUCGGGCGCGGGGGCGCGGGGCACACGAAGGGCCAGCGCUCGGAGGCGGAGGCGCUGCUCGCGGGGUCUGAGCUGGGUGAGGGUGUUAGUUUGGGGGCGGGUGGGGGCGUGCAGGAGGACUCGGGGGUGCGGUUUGAGCCGGGGGUGACGCCGUCGGACGUGGCGCCGGUGCUGCCGCCUGGCGCGGUGCCGAUACGGUCGGCGGCGACGCGCUCGGAGGUCGCACGCGCGGAUGUGCCGCCGGCGUAUACGUUUGAUUGAGCUUUGUGGUGGGCGCGAGGUGGGAGUAUGUGUUGGUAUGGGACCGUGACUGGUGCCGGGUUCUUGACUUUUACGAUGUAGCCUAAUGUUCAGCUGUCUGGUCCUCUUACUAUAAGUCCUGGUAUGAUGUUCUUAUUACUUGGCUUUUGGUGGCAGUUGAUGUACUCCCCG